AGUGAAAGUUGCAGCCCCCUCACACUCCCCUUCAGCCGAGGCUGAGUACAUAAGGAUCCGGGCCAUGGCUCAACAGGUCUUCAUGCUAGAUACACAGUGCUCCCCUAAAACUCCGAGCAGCAAGGACGGAUUUGAACACGCUCAGUCCUGUGUGCUGAUUAUUGAGCUUCCCGCCGAUCAGCACUCCAAUGGUCAAGCCCAGAAGAGAAAAAUUGGGAUUCCCUUCAGGACUCUGGUGGUAAGUUUACUGUCCCAUCAAGUGCUCCUGCAGAACCUGUAUGACAUCCUCUUAGAGGAGUUUGGGAAAGCUUCUGGGAGCCUUGAGGGGCAGGGCAGAAUCCCCACGGCAGUGUCUGAGCCGAAACCCGCAGGCUUUCUCCGUUACAUCUCAAUGCAGAACCUGGCCAUCAUCUUUGACCUGCUGCUGGACUCGUACCGCACAGCGCGGGAAUUCGACACCCGUCCAGGACUCAAGUAUCUCCUCAUGAAGGUGUCAGGGGUGUGUGGAGCUGCUAACUUAUACCGCCAGUCUGCCAUGAGCUUCGAUAUCUACUUUCAGGCUUUGAUGUGUGCAAUGCUGACAAACCAGGAGAACAUCACUGUGGAUCAAGUCAAAAAGAUCCUGAGUGAGGAAGAGGAGGGCGGCUCUGAUUCUUCACAGCAGUGCUCCUCUGAGGAUGAAGAUAUCUUCGAGGAGACGGCCCAAGUGAGCCCUCCACGUGCGUGUGAGAAGCACGCCUGCAGCAUGGACUGGGCAUGGCUGCUCAAACGUCUACACAAACUCUGCAUGGACUUGUGCAACAACUACAUUCAGAUGCACCUGGACCUGGAGAGUAGUGCAGGAGAGCAGCCCACCCACCGGGCCGACCCACUCUUUUUCUUGCCCCUUUUUAAUUCGGAGACCUCUACGCCUUCUCCCGGGGGCCUGUCGGGCCACGGAACGCCCUCAGAGGACAGCUUCCGCCUCCAUCUUGACGAGAUGCCCUCAGAGGAGGUCCACAGCCCUGGUGGGUUGAGUGCAAGAAGGCGUAAGAAGGAAUGGUGGGAGAGUGCGGGAAACAAGCUGUACACCAUCGCCACCGACAAGACCAUCACCAAGCUCAUGAUCGAGUACAAGAAACGCAAGCAGCAGCACAAUCACACCACGUCUGCCAAAGAUGUGAAGGCGGGAGAUAAGAGGGGCGAGACGGUGACCCUGCGUGGUCCGGACUCCCCAGGGCCCCAGAGGCCUCAGCAACUAGUAGAGCAGGGGCCCAUGCGCCACUCUUUCAGCGCGGGGCCCGAGCUACUGCGGCAAGAGAAGAGACCUCGAUCGGGAUCCACAGCCAGUUCCCACAACAUCUCACUCAGAGACUCUGAGGCACAGAUACAGGCCUGGACCAACAUGGUCCUUAUGAUCCUGAAUCAGUUCCAGCUCUUGUCGGAUCCCACGUUCAUUGCCCUCCAGCCAGCGGUUUUCCCCUGUAUCAGUCAGCUGACCUGUCAUGUGACUGACCUCAGAGUGCGGCAAGCAGUGCGCGAGUGGCUUGGACGAGUGGGACGCGUUUAUGACAUCAUCCUGUGAUGACCUGGCUCAUUUUUGAUCUCCAGUGGCCUUUUCCAUAGAGCUCUUUUCCUUGUGCUUUACUGUUUGCAUACGCUCAUAAUUCUGUGAUGCUAUUACCUGCUUAACUUUGCUAACUUUUUUAUUGCAGUACACAGUGAUCUGUGUAAUGCAAAUCCCUUUUGUGAAUGUUCUUCAAUAUCCAUGCUGUUAUAUUCAGAAUCUGUAUUUUUAUUUAUUUCUCUGAAAGUUUAUUGGCUUUAAUUGUACAUGUGCCAUAUUAUGUUGUUUUUGAGGGUGUUGUUCGCUCAUCUGAUCCUUUAAAACGUAAACUUUAAAGUCCCCUGAACAUUUCAACUAGUUGAAGUCAUUGCACAAUGAAAUGUAGAACUUAAUGCACCUUUGUUAAUGCAUUGAUUAAUAUAUAUCUAAAGCACGAACUUAUGCUUUGCUAAUGCAGUUUUAUGUUGCUACAGUAGUAUAACCACAACACAUUUCCAUAAUAUACAAUGCACACAAUGCUUUAAAACAUUUAACUCAGAAGAUUUCAAGCCACUUCUUCAUCAUUUUGGAGACUCUCCUGAUAUCAGAUCAUAGAGUAUCAGGCCUAGUUAAAAAUCAGUAGGCCAGAGGUUUUGGCUUCAUCUUUUGUCUGUAAACCUUCACAAGAAAGCUGAUCCACAAACACUGCACUCGCUCUCAAAUGCCCAUAAACCUCAUUCUGUUUAAACGUCCGAUGUCCGUGCAUCCUGUCAGCAACACACUGUGUGCCAUAGAUUCCACUACCCACAAUGCAAUGGGAAUCUAUCAUCAGAUACUGGUUUCAGUAUUCACCAAACAACACUACAUCGGAGUAAACUUGAAGAAACUUUAGUAAAUUUGAGUAGCGAGAAAUAUAACUGCAGUGUACUUUUCAUAGCUGCACCAUAUGUUGUCUUUGAACUCAUUGAAGCUAUUAAAUCAAACAGUUGAAAUUUAGGUACAUUUUUAACUGGAGACUAUUUACAACCUGUAUUUAUUAAAAUUGGAUACGUUUGCACUUUUGGAGGCAUACAGUUUUAUCACUUUAUUCCAAAAACAUUUUAUUUCUUGAUCUAGAACUACAGUUGCUUGAAUAAUAGUUUUUUUUUUUUUGUCUUCAGUCAUCUGCAUGUACUAUUUAUAUGUUGAUUUUGUGUGUGUGUGUGUGUGUGUGUGUGAAUGAAAAAGGAUGUAUUUUAUUUAUUUUGUGAUGCCUACAAUGUUGUGUUAUUGUGAGAAAUUUGCUCAACACAUAUGACAAGCUACAAAGAAACUCUUUGUAUCUAAUUCAUAUACACUUAUUUCAAAAAGGCUAUUGUGCUGUACUUCAUGUGCAAUGUGAGUUAUAGGAAAUUGGGAACCAUAUACAGAUAUUCUUUACAUACAGUAUAUCCAGUCCACACAGCCUAUGUUACAUAAUCAUAGUAAGAAUGUAUAAUCCUUAGCUUCAUUUUUUCAUACUCUGUUGUGUUUAUGGCAACUGAUUUGCAUAAACGGGAAGAUUAAAAAGGAUGUUUAAAGGGACCAAAGACAAAUUUAUAUUCAAUAUCAGAGUGUUCUGAAAAACUAUUAUGUACUUUAUUUUUAGCAAAUCAAAUGUGUUUUUUUUUAAGCCUGAUUUGUCCAGAGUAGGAAAGGAUUUCAUUUUGUUCUUUCUCCAGGUAGCUACAAACUGAGGUGUAGUCUACAUUUGUCUGCUUUGUGUUGAGUGCCGGUUUUGUAAGUAGUGGACUGAAAAAAAAGUUCUGUUUGACAGCAGAUUGUGAAAAUGUUCAGGCAAUAUUUUGUCUAGGCAAAAAGACUUUAUAAACUCUA